CUGAACAUAAUCUCACAAUCAAGGGAAGACAGAAACUAGGGCACGCGGUGGGUGGAAACAAACAGUCCAGAGAUGUGACACUUUUACUUUUUAACAAUACAGAUGAAUAGUUUGUUUUCAAAGCAUGAAAAUGGUAAGCCAGUAACGCAAAAGGAUGAUAGCGAACGCUGAUUUCUCAGUGGAUCUCCAUUGAGUGUCACCAGAUCAACAAAAACAAUAAAGCUGGUUUUGGUUUUGGAUUUAUGUUUUGAGUUAUGUUUUGGAGUUCUAGUGAUGUGAUGUUUUUGCCAUAUAACCUACCCCUAAUUUUUAUAUUAUGCAUAAUCACGAACAUCAAACAGCAAAGCACAAUAAACCAUAGCUUUAAGAAAACGCUUUUCAAAUGAAGUAGAAGCUGCAUAAUCUUUCCUUAAGAAAGGAAGAGGAAACGCUGUGGUUAGUGUCUCUGCUGAACUGAAGGCUGCAGAUCAAUGCUGUUAGAAACGAAAGACGAUGGAGAAGGUCGUGCUCUUUUGUGUUUUUUUGCACUUGAUUGUUCAGAUCACUUCUAGCGUUUCAGAACAUGGUGUGAGUCUGUUAAGGUUUCGGAUGAACGAACGCAUCGCUCUGAACUGCAGCUUCACUCAUAAAACUGAUGAUAUAGCCUGGUAUCGGCAGAGUCCCCAAUCUUGGAAGACUAACUCUGCUGGUGUUUGCCAGCAGCAUCGGAAAAAACCUGUUUACAGACUCUUACAGUCGCCUGACACUUACAGCAGACACAGCGAGGAAAACAGUCUCGCUAGUGAUCUCUGCAGUAACAGAGUCGGACGCAGGUCUUUAUUUCUGUGGAAAAAGUGUCAUGAUUUCAGGAAUGCAAUUCGAAAACCCCAUCAGACUAGAGAUGGAGGGAGUGAUGGUAUAAUUUCAGGCCGUGAGGACGAAGAUCAUUCUGAUGUAGAGAUCUCAGACGAGCUGACUCUGGCGGAGCGUGUGAUGGUGUUCGGCGGAGCCGGUUUGGCCGUGCUUGUGUUUUUUCUGGCUACGGUCAUCGCAGGAAGACGCAUUUACAUUCACGGCUGGCAGAAAGGAUGGACCGCGGCCGAACGCGCUGGUCUGACGCUGCAAAAACCAACUAUUUUUCACAAUAAUCGGCAGGAUACGUCUGUGGCGUCUGAGCAAUGAUUCACGAUCUCGCUCGGACUCUGGAGGAGCAUCAAUGUCCACAAACUUGUUCAAAUAAACAUCUUCAGCGGGUUGUUGAGAGUUCUGAUCAAACAAGCAACAAUAAAACCAAAAAAAAUCACAUCGCUGUUGUAUUUUUGAUGAACAAGUUGUAGAAAUGAACACAGUGAUUAUAAUAAACAGAAAUAAAUAUGGGAAAUGCUAUAUUUCUGUGUGACUAAUCUGCAAUCCUAAAACAAUUUAAUUUAUUACAAUCGCUGUAUGAUUAUUAUUGUACAACUGCUGUGGUUUAAAUCUCUAGUAAACUACAAAUAAAGAAAAAAAUCAUUAUCUGUU